UAGCCCUGCACUAUCGCCGUCUCCCUGGCUGACACGACACUAUAAAAACCCAGCUCCGGCGCCUAACCCUGGCCUCCUUCCCAUCCACCAGCACCAGCACCAGCAGCAGAGAGAGCUGAGCUCCACUGCACCCUCGUCUACUCCCACCACCGAGCAUGCGGGACCUGCAGGCCGGUACCGUCGUCGAGCACCUGGCCGGGGUGGCCGCCGCGGCCACGGCGCCGUCGUCGGCGUCGGCGGGGGGCGGCGUCCACACGGACACGUUCCUCAUCCUCGCGGCCGUGCUCUGCUUCCUGCUCUGCGUCGUGGGGCUCGCCUUCGUCGCGCGGUGCUCGCGGCUGUGCAACCCGUCGUCCUACUCCGUGGACGCCGACGACGCGGCGGCGGCAAUGCCGGCGGAAGCGGGGGCGGCGCCGCAGUGCAAGGGGAUCGAGAAGGACGCGCUGGAGAAGCUGCCGACCGUGCCGUUCGAGGCGGCCGGCCACGACGAUGUCGAUGAGCGGCCCGAGUGCGCCAUCUGCCUCGCGGAGUUCGCGCGCGGGGACGAGGUCCGCGUGCUCCCGCCGUGCGGCCACGCCUUCCACGCGGCCUGCGUCGACACCUGGCUCCUCUGCACCUCCACGUGCCCAUCCUGCCGCACCGCCCUCGUGGUGGCGCAGCAGCAGGCGCCGCCGGCGUCCGCGGAUGAUCUUCUGCAGUGCGGCUGCGCGUCGGCGCAGGCCUCGGCGGGGCCAGCGGAGUUCCCCGUCACCCUCGCCGCCGUCGUCGUCGUCGUCGAGCGCGGACCGUGCCGAACGUCGGUACCGUAGGCUGGCUUGCGUCCGUAUGGACGCCGACGUACGACACCUUGUACAUACAGUACUCGCCCGAAUUAUUACUACUACUGAAGUCGUACAGUGUACAAUGGUGCAUUAUUCGACAAUCACUUCACUUGUAGUACUCCUAGUAUUCUGAUUGAUUGCUUGUGACAUUCUAAUCUGUGUGAAUACACGUAAAAUUACCGGCUAAGUUUGUCCUCUUCCUGCUGGUAUUUAACUGCAGAUGUACAGUAGUACGAUAGAAAAGGCAGUUGCGAAGAAAAAGAGCAUCAAUUUGAUGUUUGAUGAGA